GCGCUUUCAUCAGCAGUCUCCAGUGUCGGCACUGGUCCUCCUUCAUCCCGAGUCCAAGCGAGCAGCAGCAGAGGCACAGACAUGUCUGUCUAGAGCUCCAGCAGCAUAUGUAUCGUCCUGUUAUGUCGGGUUUAGGAUGAUAUGGGCUCUGCGGAAGAUGUGACAGCUAUCCGCGGGCGUCAUGAGGAUAUUAACGGCGUCGGGGCUCUUCCUGGCCUUCUGCUCCAUCGGGCUCUUGACCAUGGCCAUCAGCACGGACUACUGGUACGAAACAGAUGCGCGGAAACACCGGGACCGAUGCAAAAAAUACGCCAGCAAGAGAAAUGACCCAGGGUACAUAUACAUCUCCAACCAGAAUCUCCCACUCCGGACGCGACCUAAAGCGAGUCCUCUGCGGGAAUCCCCGCACCCUGAGCCCGUCGUGGAAUCGCGCUGCAGCCGCCGCUACAACUCGACCACAACCGGACUGUGGAGGAAAUGCCACCGAGAAGGCUUCGAUCUGGAGAACGAGGACCUGAUUUUUAAAGGUGAUGAUGAUGCUAAAUGGGCCACAUGUGAGCAGUACCCAGAUCUGAAGCUGAUGUUGCAGAGCUGUAGCGUGUUUAUGUGUUUACUGAACAUGUGUGAAGGAGUGCGGAAGAAUGCUUGGCGCUAUCCAAGGUGCUGAUCUCUAACAUCAACACCAACACCAACCACACGCUCACGUUCACACUUUCAUCACAUUUCAGCUCAA